AUGUCCAUGGGGGCAGAGAGCGAUGGUUCUCUUCUUUUGGAGUCGAAAAUUAACCCGAACACUGCGUAUCAGAAACAACAGGAUACCUUGAUUGUGUGGUCUGAAGCUGAAAAUUAUGAUUUGGCACUUAGCUUUCAAGAAAAAGCAGGAUGUGAUGAAAUAUGGGAAAAAAUAUGCCAGGUUCAGGGCAAAGACCCUUCUGUCGACAUUACUCAGGACCUUGUGGAUGAAUCCGAGGAAGAACGUUUUGAUGAUAUGUCAUCUCCAGGUCUAGAAUUGCCAUCUUGUGAAUUAAGUCGACUAGAAGAAAUUGCAGAACUUGUGGCAUCUUCACUGCCUUCACCAUUACGUCGUGAAAAGCUCGCACUAGCACUGGAAAAUGAGGGCUAUAUUAAGAAGCUCUUAGAAAUUUUUCAUGUGUGUGAGGACUUGGAGAACAUUGAAGGACUACACCACUUAUAUGAAAUUAUCAAGGGAAUCUUCCUUUUGAACAGAACUGCACUUUUUGAAGUCAUGUUUUCUGAGGAAUGUAUAAUGGACGUAAUUGGAUGCCUAGAAUAUGAUCCAUCUUUAUCACAGUCACGGAAACACAGGGAAUUUCUGACUAAAACAGCAAAAUUUAAAGAGGUGAUUCCUAUAUCUGACCCAGAGCUGAAGCAAAAAAUACAUCAGACAUACAGAGUACAGUAUAUUCAAGAUAUGGUUCUACCCACUCCCUCAGUAUUUGAGGAAAAUAUGUUAUCAACACUUCAUUCUUUCAUCUUUUUUAAUAAAGUGGAAAUAGUUGGUAUGUUACAGGAAGAUGAAAAAUUUCUGACAGACUUGUUUGCACAGCUAACAGAUGAAGCCACGGAUGAGGAGAAAAGACAGGAAUUGGUAAAUUUUCUUAAAGAGUUUUGUGCAUUCUCUCAAACAUUGCAACCUCAAAACCGAGAUGCAUUUUUCAAAACUUUGUCAAAUAUGGGCAUCCUGCCAGCACUAGAAGUAAUACUGGGUAUGGAUGAUGCACAAGUACGAAGUGCAGCCACUGACAUAUUCUCAUAUUUGGUUGAAUACAACCCAUCUAUGGUACGAGAGUUUGUCAUGCAGGAAGCACAGCAAAAUGAUGAUGAUAUAUUACUCAUUAACCUCAUUAUAGAACACAUGAUUUGUGACACGGAUCCAGAACUUGGAGGGGCAGUGCUGCUAAUGGGUUUGCUUCGUACUUUAGUUGAUCCAGAAAACAUGCUUGCCACUGCCAAUAAAACAGAAAAGACAGAGUUCUUGGGUUUCUUCUACAAACAUUGUAUGCACGUGCUCACAGCCCCAUUAUUGGCCAAUACUACAGAGGACAAGCCUAGCAAAGAUGAUUUUCAGACAGCCCAGCUCUUGGCAUUAAUACUGGAAUUGCUAACGUUCUGCGUAGAGCAUCACACUUACCACAUAAAGAACUACAUUAUUAACAAAGAUAUCCUGCGAAGGGUACUUGUUCUCAUGGCCUCAAAGCAUGCUUUUCUGGCAUUGUGUGCCCUUCGUUUCAAGAGAAAGAUUAUUGGACUAAAAGAUGAAUUCUACAACCGUUACAUAAUGAAAAGUUUUUUGUUUGAACCUGUGGUCAAAGCAUUUCUUAAUAAUGGUUCCCGUUAUAACCUAAUGAACUCUGCCAUAAUAGAGAUGUUUGAAUUUAUCAGAGUGGAAGAUAUAAAAUCAUUAACCGCCCACGUGAUUGAAAAUUACUGGAAAGCACUGGAAGAUGUUGAUUAUGUGCAGACAUUCAAAGGAUUGAAACUACGAUUUGAGCAACAAAGGGAAAGACAAGAUAAUCCAAAACUUGACAGUAUGCGCUCCAUUUUGAGGAACCACCGGUACCGAAGGGAUGCUAGAACCCUGGAGGAUGAGGAGGAAAUGUGGUUUAACACGGAUGAAGAUGAUAUGGAAGAUGGAGAGGCAGUGGUGCCCCCUUCUGACAAAACUAAAAAUGAUGAAGAUAUUAUGGACCCUAUCAGUAAAUUCAUGGAGAGGAAAAAAUUAAAAGAGAGUGAAGAAAAGGAAGUUCUUCUGAAAACUAAUCUGUCAGGUCGUCAGAGCCCAAGUUUCAAACUCUCCUUUUCCAGUGGUACAAAAUCCAACCUUACCAGCCAGUCAUCUGCAAGUAACUUGCCCGGAUCCCCAGGGUCUCCUGGAUCCCCAGGGUCUCCUGGCUCUCCGGGAUCUGUCUCUAAAAGCACAUCUCAGAUGGCAGCUAUUACAACGAAGGGAGGCCUUGUGGGGCUCGUAGAUUAUCCUGAUGAUGAUGAAGAGGAUGAUGAAGAUGAAGAUAAGGAGGAAACUUUACCAUUGUCAAAGAAAGCAAAGCUUGAAUCAUCAUAAUGGCAACUGCUGAAGAACAUUACUAGUUGGGGGAAGAAUAUUUUAUCCAAAAAACAAAACCACAACAAAGCAGCAAUCUUUUGUGAAUUACUGUGUGUGACACAGCUCAACAUAAACAAAUGGAUUUCUGCCAAUCAAGUGCCAAUUCAAAGGAGCAGAAGAAGGGGAAAUACUUUGUUUAGGGGAAAGACUUAACGCCUUUGAGCUCUCCAGCUUGGACCACAUGUUGCCCUUUUCUCAGGGAAGGAAAUGGAAAAAGAAAAA